AUGGACGACAUCAAAGCGGAAAUAGCAGAGGUCAAGAAGAAGCUGGAAGCUUGUGAGAACGACCUGAAAGAAUGUGAAGACAAGGUGAAAAAAUGCAAGGAUUCUAUACAAAAUGAUGACACCGACGCGUGCUUCCAAAAUGCGCAUCAGGGUUCAAAGGAUGUAAAAAAGGAGAAGCGAGCAGAGUUUCUUAUGGAAGAAGAAAUUCAUUUGAUGAAAAUAGGGAAUCAUCUGAGGACCAAAGAGAAUCAACUGAGGGCCGAAAAGAGCAUUUUGGACGAGAGAUUGAACAAUGCCCGACAAGGAUCCCUUGUGAACAAUCGCGACCAGUCUAAUGCCAAUGUCAUCGUUCCCUCCAAUCUUCGGUACACACGAUAUCAAGGCCUUUUGAUGUAG